CCGAAAAGAACCUGUGACUCAUCAGAAGCGGCCCCUCGUCGCCAAGGGAUACGAGUCAGGCGAAGGCGUCGACGCGUGCGAGAAGGGACAUCGGCGUGCAUUCUGAUGGGGGAUGAAGCGCAUGGUGCAACGGGGCUGCAGAAUCCCCAAUCCAGCAGGACGGCAAAGUCCACAUCCUGGUUUUGCGGUGAUGUGCGGGAUCCUGUGAAACAAGCGACUGCUGCAGUGGAGGAGUAAAUGCGGAGCCAAACAGAGCUCCAGGUGAUCCACAGCAGCACAGCCCGGCACACUGCUGCCUCCUCAGCCUCCCCUCUCCUCCUCCUCCUUCUACCCUUCCUCCUCCUCCUCCUCCUCCUUCAACCAAAAAAAAAAAAAGAAACCAGGAGAAAACCCCCGCGCUUCCCUCUCCGUUUCUGUGAUGUGAAGCGCCUUCUUGGCCGGCUGCAGCUUCCCGGGCAUCGUGCGAUGACACACGGCAUAUGUGCUCCGAUGUCUCCGCAACAUAGGCACGCCGCACGACCAGAAGAUUGCACCUUGGUCCCGGUCUGGAAAGUUCAAUGAAGGCAGACACCUUCCUCCGGCCAGGAACAUGAAGGGCUUAUCGGGCAGCCGCUCCCAACACCAAAUCCCUUUACCCCAUGGCCUCGACUAUGACCCUCAUGUCCAUGAUCUCCACGGGCACCAUGGCUCAGACUCCCGCCACUCCUCCUACCUGCUCAGCCCGACAGAAAGCUGCCCAAUGGACUUCCAACACCGCUAUUCACCGCGCAGUUCCAUCCAUUCCGACUGCAUGAUGAUGACCCCGGUUAUGAUGCCUCCUGUCGCCGCGUCUGACCAUAUCUCCAGCAGCACCUUCCCUAGAAUGCACUACAGCUCUCAAUACUAUGACUCAGCCACACGGGAUGACUGCGUUGCCAUCACAGCCUCUGCCACAUCACCGGCAGUGGCCGCUGCUGCAGCCGCGGCCGCCGCCUCCUCACACCACGCCGGCACCAAGAGCAAUCGUCUACCUGCCAACCUGUUGGAUCAGUUUGAGAAACAGAUGCCGCUACACCGGGAUGGCUUCCACACAUUACAGUACCAGCGCACAUCUGCCACCGCUGAGCAACGCAGCGAGAGCCCAGGCCGCAUUCGACACCUCGUUCAUUCUGUCCAGAAGCUCUUCACGAAAUCCCACUCCCUGGAAGGAUCGUCCAAGAUGAACGGCACAAAGGGUGACAUUGGAGGAGGCGGAGGAGCAGGGAGUUACUAUCAUCAUGGCCAUCAGCCUAACAAACAUGGUAGCAAGAGGAGCAAAAGUAAAGAACGGAAGCACCGCCCCGGCGGUUGGUGGAGCUCUGACGAUAACCUGGACAGCGACAGCACCUAUCGCACUCCCAGUGUCAUGUCACGGCACCACGGAGAACACAUCACCCACUGUUACCCAGAUUCCAUACACGGACACCACUUUGGAGACCUGUCGCUCAAGACCUCCAAGAGUAACAACGAUGUCAAGUGCACCGCGUGCGACAGCAUGGCCAUGGCGCCCGAGGGCAAAUUCAUGAAGAGGAGCUCCUGGUCCACACUGACGGUUAGCCAAGCAAAGGAGGCCUAUAGAAAGUCAUCGCUUAACCUAGAAAAAACUAUGAUGCACCCAGACCUCAAGCCUUCACGGACCUUUCAUUACCUGCAGGUACCUCAAGAUGAAUGGGGUGGAUACCCGGGCGAGCAGGAUGAGGAGAUCCCAUGUCGGCGGAUGAGGAGUAGUAGCUAUGUCAAGGCUAUGGGAGAGGUGGACGAUGACAGUGGCGAUUCUGAAAGCAGCCCCAAGACCUCCCCGCAAAAAGGCAUCAGGCCGGAUGCUCUCAUCCUCAAGUCGGCCAUGCACAGACCCCAUUUCGACUCCCAAAGUCCGGGCUACCGCUUGCAAACCAUGAGAGAAAUGCGGGCCCACCCGAGUGUUACGCUGGACCCUGCUACCACCUUUCAUCAUCCUCCGCCCUUCCGUUCUCGCAACCAGAGCUACAUGCGCGCUGUCAGCACCCUCAGCCAGGCGAGCUGCGUCAGCCAGGUGAGUGAGACUGAGAUCAAUGGCCAGUUUGAGUCAGUUUGCGAGUCCGUUUUUAGUGAAGUAGAAUCCCAGGCUAUGGAGGCCUUGGACCUGCCGGGUUCGUUCCGCACUCGAAGCCACAGUUACCUCCGUGCAAUACAGGCUGGUUAUUCCCAAGAUGACGACUGCUUGCCUUCAAUGACAUCCUCCACUGUCACUUCAACUCUCAGAUCCACAACAGAGGGAUAUGAUAUUGUGGAUGCGACGUCAUUUCUCAAUGACGACAUGAUAGAGGAUGAUGACGGUGCCAGCUCCUCUGCCUAUGCAGAGCUGGAGCGGCUGGAGAGAGAGACGGCGACUGCGCGUAGCCAUCACAGUACUAGCUCCACCGUAACGGCCAUCUCGGUGCCUCCGGCAACGCCACCUUCAUACAGGGUCCCUAGUGCCUCACCUAUGGCCACCAAUGAGCCACCGGUCCCACAGGCAAUCCAGGCCUUUAAGGAAUCUGCGAACAUGGUCGCUGCCUUCAACAUGCAGUGGAAGGAUGAAAUCUCAGCUAUGCGCUACGAGCUGGCAGAGCUACGGCGAGAUGUCUGUGGGGAGCUGAAGACUUUCAACAGCAACUUCUUCAACUUCACUCAGUGUUACAAUAUGUGGACUUUGUGUCGGGAACCAUGCAGCGACAGCACCACACAAACAGAAGACAGAGUUUCCAUAGGAAUCCAAGCAGGGUCCAGCUGGUCCAUUCGGCAUCAUUUGGAGGACAAGUCAGUGAUGUGUCAACCUGAACCGGCACCCUUUAGUAUCAUGGACUUAAUGAACCCACCUCGAAUUGAGAUCAUAGAGGGAACCCCAGAGAGCACACCAGAGGGUUCAGGCAGUCCUGCAAGCCCGCUUCCAAUAGAGGACUUCCCAUGGGAGAUAAAUAAAAAGCAAAGGGUCCCCAAACCGCAGGAAAUACUUGGCCACACAGGUGGUCACAGAAGUGCCAGUCUUGAACUGUGGUGCAGGAAGUACACCAGUGGACCCAUGUCGUAUAUGUCUAUGUCAUUCUAAUCACUCGCACCUUUCACGCUAUAGGAAAAGAUGAGCAAGCCAUGGUAAAACCUUGUAUUUACAUAUAAAGGCUGUUGUUCGUCCCUUUACUCUUUGCAGACACAGUCCGUCAUCUGUCAAACAGGUAACGGAGUUCUUUUAACAGCCUUGGAAUCUAAGAGACCGCGUGUUGUACUUGCCUUCAGAAUGAGGUGACGCGAACGUGAGCAAGAUGGUAGCUGAUCUUGAGAUCAACAAGUGCCAACGAGAGCAGCAUUGUAUUUCAUAAGUUGUCUUAAAAAGCCGGCAGACAAAAAGAAAAAUCUACUCAAACAAAAUCUGAGGGUCACUUAAUGCUACAACUCAAUAAUCAGCCAUUUUGAGUAGAGGCAUACAAUAAGUUGGUUUGUCUGCGUCGAAACUCAUUGUCAUUCCAGUUUCUCUUUGCGUAGAAACCCUCUCUUCAGCACCUGCGUAUACUGUGAAUACCUUUAUAAACCCUAAGUUUUCUAUUGAAUUCAUCAAAAUGACAACAUUAUUUAUUAAGAGAUUUCAAUAAAGUUUUCUUUUUAGUUAUUUUUAUCUCGAUGGCCUUUGGUUUACUCAUUCUGUAAGCCAGCGUAGAAGACUUUCAACAUCAAUAAAGUUUCUGCUGUCAAAAUUCUCAUUCAUUAACAGAAUAUAUUAAUAAUAAUGAAAUAAACAGUUGUUAUUCUGAAAAAGAACCUCUAUAACUCUAUGAUAGAGUUUAUGACACUGUAGCUUGAGGUUGUGAAGCUUAAAAUUGAAUGAAAGACUUUAGUCUCGCAACAUUAAAAUAAAUUCAAAAAAACAAGAAGGGGGUCUUCAAAUUGAUCAUGCAGCAUAAAUGUAAUGGCUUAAAUUAAUCCGAGCACAAACUACUUCUAUGUUUUGUCAGUGUAUUUGUAUAUACAUGUAUAAAUUUGUAUAUAGAAAAAAAUCUUAUAUUCAAUACAUGUUAUAAACAUUCUGUGUUGGAUCAGCCGUGAGACGGGUUAGUAAAAAGAAGUAGAUCUGGUUCUGAACCAAACAGGGCACCUUUUUCUUCUCAGAGCCCCGCCGCCAUUUAUUUCAUCAUGCCCAUCACUUGGUUGGUAGCAAUGAGUGAUCAAGGUUUGGUAAAGAGCUUCAAAGAUCCAUUUGUUUUCCCUAUCUUAAUGCAUGAGCCUGCACAUUUUUGAAUUUGCGAGAGUAGAGGAUUAGCCUAAUUCUAACCCGUUCAGCUGUCUUGAUGCUGACAGAUUGGUCCCCUAACUAUAGACAAUCAAUGCCCCUGAGGGUCUUGACCUCGCCGACAAGUCCCCAGAGGUGCAGUAUGGUACCCGUGAAUGUUCUAACACCGCCCAACUAGUGAUAGCCGAGCUGGGCUCCUGACUAACCUUAAUUGGUCUGAGUCACAGUUGAGUUUUUCAGUCAAAACCUCGCUUAUAUAAUAAAAGAGUAGCCUGUUAAGUCGCUAGCAUUCCCUCCAGACAUUUAUCCACUCCAUUGUCCCAUUGUACCAACGUGGUGUACCAAAGUUAAAAAUGAGGCCUAAGGAACCACCUUCAAGUUUGUAAGCACUUCUGGACUAUCAAAGGACCGUGACAAGUCUGAUGUAUAACAGUCUGACUGAAAUGUGAACCUGUCAUAGGGACCACUGUGCUGUCUUUAGCGAGAACAGAGCGUAUUCCUACCUUGUGCGACCAAAAGGCAAUAGAUGCAAAAAUUUGUAAGGAAUCUUGAAAGUUUAUAAAAAAAAAAAAAAGGUUGUCACAAAGUUAUAAAAUUAAAAAUGCCAUAUUCCACAGAGAAACGGGCAGUAUAACUGAUGGAUUUAUCGUUAAAGUUUUGAACAAAAACUGUUAGUGUGUACCGUAUUUUUCGGAUUAUAAAUCGCUCCGGAGUAUAAGUCGCACCGGCCGAAAAUGCAUAAUAAAGAAGGAAAAAAACAUAUAUAAGUCGCACUAGAGUAUAAGUCACAUUUUUGGGGGAAAUUUAUUUGAUAAAAUCCAACACCAAGAAUAGACAUUUGAAAGGCAAUUUAAAAUAAAUAAAGAAUAGUGAACAACAGGCUGAAUAAGUGUAUGUUAUAUGAGGCAUAAAUAACCAACUGAGAACGUGCCUGGUAUGUUAACGUAACAUAUUAUGGUAAGAGUCAUUCAAAUAACUAUAACAUAUAGAACAUGCUAUACGUUUACCAAACAAUCUGUCACUCCUAAUCGCUAAAUCCCAUGAAAUCUUCUUCCUCAGUGUGGCUUCUAAACAACUCUGCCAACUCCAAAGGUAGACAUUGCGCCGUAAUGUGUUAAUAAUUUCACACAUAAAUCGCUCCAGAGUAUAAAUCGCACCCCCGGCCAAACUAUGAAAAAAACUGCGAUUUAUAAUCCGAAAAAUACGGUAAAUAUUGAUUGUUAAUUUGUUUCAUUUUGAGGCACUUGAAAUUCAAAUUGGAAGCUGGCUACGACCAGUUGGUGCAUUAGACUGAAGCUGAACUGAAACAGAAAGUCAAUAUUCUCUGUUAAAAUUAAUAUGAAAAUAUUUUAAAAUAACAAUACAAUAAUUACUCAAUGAGGGAAUAGUCGAACACCCAUCCUAAAUAUUGAAUCUGGCGUUCGUAGAACUGGGCUGAUAAGACAAUAAAUUGGUUAAUCAAAUGAAAAUUAAGUCAAUACCUUUGCCGGCAUUCAUACAUUGCUAUGUCAGUGUGUGUUUGUUUUCUUUGUCUCUCACGAGAGGGUUCACUCUGAGCAGCAUGUUUAUUCAAUAGCAAAAUCAAAUGAACGUAGUGAAUCCUCUUGUCAGUCAUCCACAAUCUUUGUCUCGGUGGGCAGAAGUGGGACUGCUAUUUUAUUACACACACGCAAGUCGCUCGUGAGAAGCACCGCAAGGUGACAAAAAUUAGGAGGACAACAUAUGAUUGCAAAGCCGAAUAUAUUGGCUUUAAACCGAAUGAGACGGAUGAACGAGCAAGUAUGCACGAUUUGUUAGAAAGUGAUAGCAAAAAAAUAAAAAAUCUGACCCAGAUUUUUCAAUUUAGGAAAAACUGCACUUCAAGAAUUACAGGUAAAUUUUGCUAACAGACAUUGAGAUUCCAUUUUAUUUUACUUAUUUCGGUAAUUGAAAGUUCUUGACAUUCCAGUUACAAUGGCAAAAAAUACUAAUAAGAAAUCAAAGUUUAUUGCGUUUGAGAGGAAUCCUUGCCUUAUUAUUAAAUCUUGUGAUUACAUUAGUGCUUAUUUUGGUCUCAAAAUAAUGAUGACAAUAAUAUAAAUCCAUUUAUUAUCAACCCAGGCAUAGAUGUUCCAUUUUAUUAGACACGUAAUAAUAGGCAUUUGACUUGACAGAUGAAAAUCAACGCUCAUUUAAUCGAUUAUUAUUUCAUAUUUGUUAUUUUUAUAUUGACUAUUGAGAGCAUAUACAAUGUCAAUGUGCUGCAGUUAAAAAAAAAAAUCCCUCGAAAGUCUCCUUUUUUGGAAUACAGUACAAACUAUUUGGGACUGAAUCAACAGCACCCCUGCUGGUCGUAGCCAAGUAGUGCACUCCACAAUGCUUAACGAUAAAAAUUGGUUGGUUAUUAUGCCUAUCUUGAGGUACAGCGCAUCUGUAAUGAUAAUUUGGUUUUGGGUAUUGCGAGGGACAUUUCCCUGUUAUGAACAGCAGCAGAAAGGUGUGUAGAUACAACAUGAACAUCAUGUACAACAUGAUUCAUUCUUGAAAUGUACACAUUUGCAAUACUGAAUAUUUUUCAUCUUUUUAAAUAACAAAAAAAAAGUAAAGAAAACCAAUAAAAAGGCGGGUUUUUAUUAUUUCAGUGAAGGCAUACGACUGUGAAAAUAACAAGCUUAUAAAGAUGUAUUAAAUAUGUGUACAUAUACAAUAUGUUCAAAAAAUGUAAAGUUAUUCAAGGGAAUUGCAGUGGCAUUCCUCACAUAUGUUUCUCCCCUUGCUUGGGGAAUGCAAGGUAAUUUUAAGGUGCUGGCUAAUCAUGAUGUCUUCAAUCUAAUUUAUAUUCAUUCAUUCUAUGCAAAUCCUUGGUUCUUGGUGUAUUUUUCCGUAAUCUAAAUAUAUGAAUUUGCUCAUAAUUUCUUUUGGUGGAACUUUUAUUUAUGAUUUUAUCUUAUAUCAAAUGGUUUUGAUUUUAUUUAUCGACCACAAUCAAAACAUUAUGUGGUAGAUUCAUUUUGUAGUAGCAUCAUCCACUCAAACAAGUGUUUUUUGUUUAUUGCUUAUUGGAAAUGCUGUGCAAAAUCAUAUUUUUCUAAAAAAAAAAAAAAAAAUGGGAUUUAGUAAAUGUAUUUCAGUUAUCUCAGUUUCAUCUUGAUGUCAUAAUUUUUGUCCAAAGAAUGUCCAUGUCCCUUGAUAUGAGUGAAGACAUGUAGCAACAAAAGAUAGAUUGGGCUAUACAUGAUUUUAGAGUAUAAAAAGAGACUUAUAAUAAGAGAAAAUUGACAAAGUAUUAUUUUUCAGAAGAAAUUAUUUGUCAGAAGUCUGCUAUGUUUAUUCCUCCCUUAAGGUCUAUUUGGGAUUCAGUUGAGACAACAGUGACAUCCAAUUAUUAGGACAAAAGCUUUUGUAUGGGUCUCAUUUGCACCUAAAACUCUGUUGAAUCGGAAUCAUUUUUUAAAUCCCUUGGUUCUUGUCCUGCUUUUUCUUCAAGACAAAAUGUGCUUCUCUGUUUUGCAUCCGUCAUGAUGCAAUUUUCAGGGAUCUCAGACUGCAAUGUUUGGUCAGAAUCAGAAAACGUCCACGUCAUAAAACAUAUUUUUUGAUGACAGCCGUUGAGCCUGUAUUUGUUAGCCUGUGCUUAUUUUGUAUAUGAAUCAAACCUUUGCUUUGAAAUUGGGUUUGCUUACUGCGGUGUUUUUCUUUUUCUGUGUGUGGAUUUUUAUUCAAACAUUUCCUGGCCUUAUGUAUUUUUUUCAUACAUUGAUAUAAAACAUUGGAUUAAAAUUGCUCUCAUUAUGUUUAUGUUGAAGAUAAUUGAAUGGGGGUCAUAGCUUUACAAUGGCAUCCAACAAGAACGUUGCAGACAGUGAGUUGUUUACACCAAAACACAUGACCAACACAAAGCAUGAGACACUUUUCGCUUUAGCUCUUUCUACUUUUUUUAUGCUUUUCGGGAAAGCUGUCAUUUUUUUGGUUGGUUAUUAUUUCCUUUUUCUUUUAUUCCCCAUUUUAGGCGCCCGUAGCUUAGCUGCGGGGCGUAGAGAGUACGGUAGGUCCGGUAGGGAACAGUUUUAUUAUUUCUUUCUUUUAUGUGUUUCAUACAUUUUGUCUGACUCAUUGACAUUUUUUCACCUGGUAGAAAUGAAUGAUGUCAUGCUCGCUAUAAAAAACUUGAACUGUCUUUAUCAUGUUUCUACAUUAAAGUCAGUGGACUGUU